CGGCGAUGGCGGAAGAAGGCGGUACGAAGAAAAAUACUGAGAAGAAGAAAACAGCAGCUUGAGGAAAGGCAUGGGGAGAAGAUGAAGUCCACGUGCUUAUCUCCGCCUGAAAGUCGACUCCCUUACGCUCUAUGCCUGUAGGCUCAACGGCUAAGAUGCUUAAUCAGGCGAUUUACAACGAGUAUUUAGGUAGACUGGCUAACCGGAAAGCAGUAGAGACUGGCUCGGUGACGUUGUCUGCAGACGAAUUCAAAACUGCUUGUCCUACUGAAGGACCAGAAGGUGGGCUUGAUGUUUUGUGAUAGCGCGUUCCGUCCGCGAUCGCUACGGUCGACUGAAGACAAAGUGGACUCGCUUAAACAGUCGCUUUCGUUCAUCUCAGACCACAACAAUGGGUCGUUGGUGGGUAGCACAGGCCGCCCUGCGUGGUUUCAACUGAGCCAAGAAGAACGCGCUGCUGUUCGCAAAAAGUUGAAACGAGUUGCACUUAGCGAGGCCUCUUACACACUUCUCUCUGACGUAUUUGAAGACGACCCCUCGAUUAAUGCUAUCAGUGGCGGUGUUUCAUUGGGGCCCAGUAAGCGUUCGAGUGAAAAUACAAGCUCUGUGAGCGGAUCUGCCGAGAAGAAGAGAAAGACGGAGGACCUAGCAGAAGCUGUGCAGGCUAUCAUGGAUGGAGCGGUGAAUAACAUGCGUGCAAUUGCAGCUGAAGAUCGAGAACGUUUUAUCCAGCACCAAAAAGAAGACAAUGAGAGAAACAGAGAACUUCUUCGAACACUUUUCGGUAAGGAGUAGUUACUAAAAAAAGAGUCUGAAAUUCUCAGUGUGCACUUCUAACCGAAUAAAAAAAAACCGCAUCUACCGUAG